CAGGCCGUUCGCUUCUACAGCAGCGCCAUCGAGCUGGCCCCGGGCAACGCCGUCUACUACGGGAACCGGAGCCUGGCGCACCUGCGGGCCGAGAGCUACGGCGCCGCCCUGGCGGACGCCACGCGCGCCCUGCAGCUCGACAGCGCCUACCUCAAGGGCUACUACAGGAGGGCGGCCAGUUACAUGGCUCUGGGCAGGUUCCGGGCCGCCCUCAGGGACUAUGAGAUGGUGGUGAAGGUGCGGCCCCACGACAAGGACGCCAAGCUCAAGUACCAGGAGUGCCACAAGCUGGUCAAGCAGAAGGCCUUCGAGCGCGCCAUCGCCUCCGACGAGCACAAGCGCUCCGUGGUCGACUCCUUGGACAUCGAGAGCAUGACCAUCGAGGACGAGUACAGCGGCCCCAAGCUGGACGAUGGCAAAGUGACCUUGGCCUUCAUGAAGGACCUGAUGCAGUGGUACAAGGACCAGAAGAAGCUCCAUAGGAAAUGUGCCUACCAGAUCCUGGUGCAGGUGAAGGAGGUGCUCUCCAAGCUCCCCACACUGGUGGAAACCACGCUGCAGGAGACGGAGCAGGUGACGGUGUGUGGGGACACCCAUGGGCAGUUCUAUGAUCUGCUGAACAUCUUCGAGCUCAACGGGCUGCCCUCCGAGUCCAACCCUUAUAUCUUCAACGGGGACUUUGUGGACCGCGGCUCCUUCUCGGUCGAGGUGAUCCUCACCCUCUUCGGCUUCAAGCUGCUCUACCCCGAGCACUUCCACCUCCUCCGGGGGAACCACGAGACGGACAACAUGAACCAGAUCUACGGCUUCGAGGGUGAGGUGAAGGCCAAGUACACGGCGCAGAUGUUCGCGCUCUUCAGCGAGGUCUUCGAGUGGCUCCCCUUGGCCCAGUGCAUCAACGGCAAAGUGCUGAUCAUGCAUGGGGGGCUCUUCAGCGAGGACGGGGUCACCCUCGAUGACAUCCGCAAGAUCGAGAGGAACCGGCAGCCUCCGGACUCAGGCCCCAUGUGUGACCUGCUCUGGUCGGACCCACAGCCUCAGGUGAGGUCAUGGCUGGUGCUG